AUCAUCAGCUGAUUUUAAGCUGUUUUGCUGACAACAAUAAAUUUAGAUUUAAUUUAAUAUUGACUACGUUUAAUCUACACCUUUAAUUUCAUUUUCCCCUUGAAAUUAAAUAAAUUGUUGGUUGCUAUUUCAACUUGUUCAUUCUCAUAUUUUCCUUUGUGCCUUUCCUUGUCCAGUUUUGGUACCAAAGUUGUGGUUUAUCAAUGGGCUCUUUUUGCUAGCUGGGGAACUGUCAACUAAUUAUACUUGUCUCCAAAUAUUAGUAGGCCAAUCUUUGAAAAACAGCGUUAAGGAUACAAGCUUUCAACAAUAUGUACAACUUAUCAACAACCAAUGCUAAUGUGAUUUAUGGGUUUAUGUGUUGACUUUACUUCCAUCAUUUUUACAUCUGCCAUGACAAUCCUUUUUCUAAUUAUUGAAUAUCAUCAGUGGAAAAAAAUGAAUCAAUUGUAAUUUAUAUCCAAUAAUCGUUGAUUCAAAGACUUGAUUGUAUGAAGUGCCUAUUCUCCUAUUGUAUACCUUUUGAAAAGGUCUUUACCUAUUCAGUUUUAUGGUCCUAAGACUUCUAUUAAAAAGAUUCACAACUCAAGGACCAUAAUAGACAGAUAACCAUGAAUGCCUCGGAAUUCAUCAAUUUUUACCAAUACACUCCACCUUUAGAGUUGUACCAUUUAUCUAUUGUUUAUACUUUUUCUCAUUUUUUGGUUCUUUCCAUUUUAACAUGUUAUCCUAUCCUCGAUACCACCAAAUAUUUUCGUAGACGUAUAUUUAUUGAAUCAACUGCUUUGGCCAUACCAUUUCUACUAAGCAUAACUCUAUUUCAAUCAAUCACAACAACCAUACCAUAUUUGCUUUUGAUAUUUUCCUUGCAUUUACUAUUCUCACAUUCCAAAAUUUUUGUUGUCCUCAAAUGGCCUGAAAUUGUGUUUCAUUCUAAACCGAUGCCUGUUAAAUUGCCCUUUAUCACAAACCUUUUGGCAAAUGUUGUUUUAACAGUUAGCAUUGUUAUUCUGGCUGUUGAUUUUCAAAUUUUUCCUUAUCGAUUAGCUAAAAGCAAAGUGUAUGGAUGGACUUUGAUGGAUACUGGAGUAGCUUAUUUUGUUGCACUAAAUGCAAUCCUAUCUGCUGAAUCUCGGCAAGAAACUCAAUCUUCAACCUUGCACUAUCGUUCCAUUUCAAUUUCCAAAAUUAUCUCACCAUCUCUGCCACUGUUUAUUCUUGGAGGUUUAAGAAUGCUUCUUGUCAGAUUGACGGAUUACCAUCAAGAAAUUACCGAAUAUGGUGUCAGCUGGAAUUUCUUUAUCGUUCUCGGUCUAACAAGAGUAAUAUCAUCUGUCCUAUUUCAUUUCUUCUCAUCAUCUUGCAAAACUUCCAUAAUCAUUGCUUCAUGCCACCAGCUUUUCCUCUCAAUGGGUUUGGGUUCAUUUAUUCUCAGCCCAGAUCGUUCAGGAUUUUUUCGAGCCAAUAAAGAAGGAAUCUUUUCCUUACCCGGAUAUAUCUCUAUUUAUCUAUUUAUGAUUUGGAUUGCUCGAGCUCUUUUUGAGAAAAGGCAUCGAAGGUCUAACUUUGAUAAUAUUAUUUUUGUCUGCGAUCUUACAUUUAUUGCUCUGAUGUUAGGCAGUGUUGGAUUAUUCAGCCAUUAUUACAUUGACCCGAUCAGUCGACGAGAAUGCAAUCUUGCCUUUAUUUGUGCCACUAUAAGUUUGAUUCUAUUUAUAAUUGCUACUGAAUUGAUGGUCGCUGUAAUGAUUGACAUUCUUCAAUAUUUUGGUUUCAUGAAGAAGCCGCCUUUAGUUAAAAGUUUGCUCAAUGAAGCUGUCGCCCGAAAUGGUUUGGCAGUAUUUCUAUUCGCCAACAUUCUCACUGGUUUAGUUAAUUUAACCUUUCAACCUAAAACGAGAGGAUCAAUUGUAUCUAUCACAUGCCUUAUACUUUAUUCAUAUUGUAUAUGUCUUUUUGCCAUUUUUUGUCAUUCAAAGAGGGUUAAUUUAAAAUCAUUUUUCAGUUUCAGUUUGCGAAAAUGAGCACGAUUUUCGUGAACGAUGUGCAAUAAUUAUUCUACAAAUUAAACUGACAAGUAAAAAACAUUCUAA